AAGCUACUCUGAGGCAUUGGUGACGUCCCUUGUCUGUUUUUGUUACAUAAUAUUUGAUUAUAAAUUGAAAACUGCUCCCAAAUCUUAAAGUUACCUAAUAACGCGAUUUGGUGCUAUUCUUGUAACAAUGCCUUAGCGUUUCGUUAUGCCUUAAGUGCAUCGUCUGAACGAAAUUAUCAGUCAUGUCGCGAACAACUCGAUUGGAGCGAACAGCAGACGAGUACAAGGACAAGUUUCCACACAUGAAGACAUAUGCAGCUUGUCAGUCAAGAGCAUUCAUGACUGGUGUCUUUACUUUUGUUGCUGCUGGAGCCACAGUAUAUGUGGCACAAGAGCUGCUGAAGAAUUUUAUUCCCUACAAGCGCACCGCCUUCUUGAUCUUGCCUGUCAUGGUGGGUACAGUUUCAGCCUAUACUAUCACACGUCACAACACAAAGAUGUGUCAAAAUAUGUGGAUGGCAAUGGAGGAGAAGCAUUCCGAUAUUACACCCUUGCAAGAGCGUAUGCAAUCCAGUGAACAUUUCAGGGAUGAUGAGUCUCCAAGCAAUUCCUCUAGCUAGUAGAGAAUUGAGAGUUGGAUUGCCUCUAACCAGGGACAUAACUGUGAUAUCUGUAGACUUGAUGACAGGUCUUGUCAUCACAUUUUCCAGAAAAGUGAUUACUUCCCUUGAAAUAAGGAAAGAAAAAAAAAAGUCUUGAGUACAUCAAAAAUUGUUUUGAUAUUGUGAACCUGAAAAAUUAUAAACCUUGUAAUAUUGACACAUAAAAAAUUAUCCUGAGAGAUCGAUUAAGAAGAAACAUACAAACUCGAAAUAUGGAGCAUGUCUACACAUGUUACCAAACAAUACUUAAUGGACUUGGCAUGUAGCUCUAGUUUGUGAAAGUAUAAAAGCAAAGAGGCAUUUUUGAUGUAACUAUAAACACGACUCAGAUCAUGCGGGAACCUUCAUUAGCAUGUUUAAAGUCAGAGAGCAAGCAGCAUGAUGUUUUUGGAGCAAGACCUUGGACAGUAUAAGCAAUAGCCCACAGGCAUAAAUUAAGAACAAAAAUAAGUUGUAUAGUUAAAGACCUGUUAGAUUACUGAAGGUUAUAAAAAAAUCUCGUGUAUAAAA